AUGCAUUUCACCUCUACCCUUUCAGUCCUGGCUACUGCCUUGUCCCUCGCUGUCGGAACUAGCGCCUGGACUCAGUCUGGAGAUGGAACUUGGGUCGCCAACAACGAGUGGCACUACUUGUACAGGACUGGCUGGACUGCCCAUCAGUCAUGCACGUGGAUGAACACUGAAGAUCCCCGCGCUGAGGGUACAGCUUGUGCUUACUGGACCAAUGGUCAAGGAGGCACUUUCAAUGGCCGCUGUCAAUGGCAGGGUCCCCCUCAGAACACAAUCAGCUGCGCGUAA